CAGUAGACGCCGGUUCCGGGACAUCGCACAGCUCGGAGCAGACCGCUCUCGCUGCCGGGACAUCUCCCCUUUCAGGACACACAACUCCCGGGACAUCUCCCGGUUUUACUUCGUAGCCGACAUGGACAAUCCGACGCUGGCCCCCUGUGAGCAGUGGCGAGUGCAGGCCAGCAAGAACAGGCAGGUUUGCCGGAAGCUCUUUGGUCCAGUUGAUCGGCGACUGGUGCGGUCGGAGCUUGGGGCCGAGCUGCAGGGCGGCCUGGAGGCAGCGGCGAGGAGGUGGGCCUUCGACUUCAAAGCGGAGCGGCCGUUGCCGGGCGACCUCCAGUGGGAAGCCGUCUCAAGCCGGGACGUCCCGUCGUUCUACAGGCCCGUGUGUGGCAGCCAGCAGCGGAGGCGGCCCCUGAACCCACCGGGGCCAAGGGAGGGAGGUGAGGAGAGGACCCCGUCAGCCGAGCAGAAGCCGAGUCCGCCCCACAACCGCAAGAGGAAGCAGGCUCUCAUCACGGAUUUCUACGCUCUGAGGAGAAGGCUCGGGCCCUUGGCUCCUGAGUCCAAGUCCUAAAGCCAACAGCAGGUUGUGGCACUGAAGUGAAGGGUGGUCUACGGCCUUGCUUGCCCUUCAUGCCCCCGGACAACUCUUGGGCUUUGUAAUGAGACGGCCGCUCUGCAGGACGAUGACUCUUUGCUUUGUUAGUCAGUCCAUAACCAUAUAUCAGACUGAAUCCCUGACUGCUGAACUAACGCACCCCGGCCACUCCUUGCAAGAGUGGAGACCAGGAGCUGCGGAGGUCGACGCUCGGAGCAAGAUCCAACUAACAGCGGCAGCUCGCCGGGUCAGGCAAACCGGUCCAAGGUGACACCGGGGUGACUCGUCACCGUGUUGAUUUCAGGGAUUAGCUGCUGCACUUGGACCCCCACCCCAUCUGCUUUCCCUUCCCUGUCUGUGCAUAGAACACACAAGCUGCACUUAAAUAGUGUGUGAAAGGAGCGGUGGAGUGUAUGGUUGGAAAAUGUACGGGUGGGAGAGAGUGCGGAAGGAGUGAGUGUGAGUAAGGGAACGAGAGAAAGAGAUUGGGGAAAGAUGACAUGGAAAUGUGGUGUAAUGAUUGAGAAAAGUCUGUAAUUCAGGAUCAGAUGCCUGAAUGCUCUGCUGAACAGAGAGGUCCAGACAACUAAUGGGUUGUACCUGACCAAUUCAAUGACAUUUUUUGAAGAGGGUGACGUAAAUGUGGGCAGGGGAAUGUCCAUGGACGUUAUUUCUGUGUGCAAUCUGCAGGUAUUUGGUAAUGUCCCUCAUGAGAGGCUAGAAUUGACACUUCUGGGGGUAUGGGGUGUGGGAGGUGAGGUUGAAGUCAAAUUAUUGAGCUGCUUGAAAAGACUGGAAGGAGAUGGAGAACAGGGAGUUAAAGUGACAAGAUGUGAAUUAGUGUCCUGCAGGGAAUUCUGUUGGGAUUGUUCGUAAACUCUGGAAUAAACAGCCACAUGUCUAAAUUAGUCACUAACACAAAGGGACAGAUGCAAUCACUAAAUUACAGACAGAUAUUAACAGAUUGAGUGAAUAGACUCAAUGGAUAUCAAUACAGGCCAUUUUAGACCCGAUGCAGGGUUUCGAACUGAAAUGCUGACAAUUUCUUUCCCCCCACAGAUGCUGCUCGACCUGUCGAGUUCUUCCAGCAGGUUGUUUGUUGCUUUAGACCGACAAGGAUGGAACAAAGUUCUUUCCAAAUAGAAAAAAGUUAGAAAGAAGGGGAGUCAAAAACGACUUGGGGGAUCCAUUCAAGUGUCACGGGCAGGUGGGAAAACUAAUCGAAGAGUUGACCGGAGUGUUGUCCUUUGUAACUGGAGCACAAGGAUCUGGAAGUUGUCUUGAAGCUGUAAGAAGCCUGGUUAGAUCAAUCUGUAGUACUGUGAGUAAUUCUGCUAAGUCACGCUGAGAAGAAUAUACUGGAUUUGGAGGAAGGGCAACUAAGAUUUCCCGGGAUGACAUCCAGCCCUUGGGGGUUUAAUUAGGAGAGAAUUAAGAUUAAGGGAUGACUUGAUUACAGUUUCAAAAAAUAGGGCAGAUUGAGGCAAACUAUUUCCCCUUGUUGGAGAUUAAAACCACAAAGCUUGGUGUCAAAGCUUAGAGCUAGCCCUUUCAGGAGAAAACGGUUCUACACAGGAAGGCUGGCAAAAAAUUGGAACUCUUCUGCAACUGCUAGUUGACGCUUAGUCACUUGUGGUAACUUUAAAACCGAGACUGAUAAGAUUUUUUUGUCACUCUAAAUUGGGGAUAGGAGAGCAAAUGGACAUGCCCUGCAAACAACCAUGAUCUCAGGGGACGGCAGAGCAGGCUUGAAGGGCUGAGUGGCCCACUUCUGUUCCUUUGUUGCCAUGGGUAUAGGAGGGAUCAUGUGAGGGGACGGGAGAGGGAGUGCAUGUCGGGGGGUGGGGGGGAAGGAGUGACUGAGCUGGAGAGACUGAGUGUGAAGUCUGAUUGCUGCUUAAAGAUGCAGACCCUUUGUAACAGGUGUAAUUUAGCAGAGCAUUUUAUUCAUAUUUAUUCCAUAUUCUGUAGGUUUACAUAUUUAUUAGGUGAAUAUUUGAAAUAUAAAUAUUUUAAAUGGUUUAAAACCUGCACAAUUUAAAAUUAACUUCUCUGGGUAUUAAUGCUGCUUUGGAACUUGGAACCUUGGAGCAAGGUUGAUAAAUUCCGGUUGGAGGUUGGUCACAUGAACACACUGGAAACUACUGGCCUGUGGAGGCAGAGACUCUCACCACAUUUAAGAGGUAUCGAGAUGAGCACCUCAAUUGCCAAGGCGCGGAAGGCUAUGGAACAAUAGCUGGGUAACUGGGAUUGGUAUGGAUUGGUUCUCAACGGAGAACAUUGACAUGGUGGCUCUUUUCUGUGCUGCAUGGCUGUUUGACUCUGUGAAAACAGCCAACGUUACAGUACGUGUCUUAUUAA